AUGCUUCGUUCUAUUACGCGAUGCGCUCAAUUGGCUCAUCGCCGUGCCCUACACAGUGCUUCCUCCUUUGAACGAUACAGCAGCAGCCGAUAUGCGUAUCCACAAACUCCUUCGGUAGAGCAAGCUGUUACCAACAUCAUCCAUAACACUCCCGAAGCUCAACCUAUCAAGAGCCGACAAAUCUUGAGUUGUCUUGCUCACAACGAGCCUGGUGUCAUUAGCCGAGUUUCUGGAAUCCUUCAAUCUCGUGGUUUCAAUAUCGAAUCCUUUGUUGCAGCUCAUACAGAAGUACCUGGUUUAAGUCGUAUGACGGUGGUGCUCAAUGGUGAUGAUAAGCAAAUUGUCCAAGCUAAGCGUCAAUUGGAAGAUGUGGUACCCAUGUGGGCCGUGCUUGAUUACAGCAAAACCAAGCUCAUAGAACGUGAAUUGUUGUUGUUGCGUGUUUCAAUUCUUGGACCCGAGGCACAAGGAGCAGAGCCAGUGGAUGAAGAUGAUGAAACGGCCAACUUGGCAUUUGCAUCCAAGAAGCUACGAGAAACGUCAUCCCAUUUGCGUGCAUUGACUGAGUUGACAAGGUUGUUUGAAGGAAGAUUGGUGGAUGUAUCCUCUGAUUCGGUCAUUAUCGAGCUCUGUGCAAAGCCUGGUCGUAUCAGUUCUUUUAUCAAGCUUUGUAAACCAUUUGGUGUCAUGGAAGCUUCGCGAACAGGUGUCAUGGCGCUUCCUCGUUCUCCACUUGACGAUGAUCGUGCACAUCUCGACGAGGUUGAAGAUGAAUAUGAAGCUGUUGAUGCCACUACUCUUCCUCCUGGAUAA